AUGGCUCCACCAGCUGUUCGUCCAGACAACGUCCUUAAGAGGGCAGAAGAGUUGAUUGCCGUUGGUAAAGAAGAAUCUGCUUUACAAACUUUGCAUGAAUUCAUUACUUCAAAGAAAACUCGUUCAGUUACCCCAGUUGCAUUAGAACCAAUUGCCAUUUUGUUCACUGAAUUAUGUGUUAAUUUACGUAAAGGUUACACUUUGAAAGAUGGUUUACAUCAAUUCAAAAAAAAUGUUCAACUUGCUACAAAUGGGUUACAAUCUGUUGAAACAGUCUCACGUAAAUUGAUUGAAUUAGCUGGAAAGAAAUUAGAAACUGCUCAAGCUAAAGCUGAUGAAAGAGCUUUAGCAUCAGUUGAGGAUGAUUUAGAAGCUGGUGAAUCUCCAGAAGAUAUUUUAUUAUCUGCUGUUUCAUCUGAACAAACAAGAGAUCGUGCUGAUAGAGAAUUAGUUACACCAUGGUUACGUUUCUUGUGGGAAUCAUUCCGUUUAGUUUUAGAUCUUUUGAGAAACAAUUCUCGUUUAGAAACAACUUAUGCUGCCAUUGUUUUACAAGCUUUCCAAUUUUGUUUAACUUACAACCGUAAAGUUGAAUUCAGAAAAUUGUGUGAAAUGUUACGUGCUCAUAUCCAAUAUGCUACCACUCAACAAAAAGCUGGUACUAAAGCUUUGAAUGCUAUUGGUUUACAAGAUCCUGAAACUUUACAACGUUAUUUGGAUUUACGUUUCCAUCAAUUGAAUGCUUCCGUCAAAUUAGAAUUAUGGCAAGAAGCCUUCAGAUCAGUUGAAGAUAUUCAUUCACUGAUCAAUCUUUCUAAACGUCCAAUUAAACCAAACAUGAUGGUUAAUUAUUAUGAACAUUUAGCUAGAAUCUUUUUGGUUGCUGAUAAUGGGUUAUUCCAUGCUGCUGCUUGGCACAAGUUUUUCAAUCUGUACUCUCAAUCACCAAAUGCUACAGAGGAAGAAUUGGCUCGUUAUUCAUCAAUUUUCUUGUUGUCAACUUUAUCAAUUUCUCAAGAAUCUUUCAACACUGAUUUGAGUGAAGAAAAUGCUAAACAAUCAAAUCAGUUCUUAUCAUCUUUGUUAAACUUACCAAAAAUCCCAACUAGAGAAUCAUUAAUCCAAUAUGCCUUGAAUAAGAAUGUUUAUGAUUUUGUUGCUCCUUCAGUUAAGAAAUUAUUUGAAUUAUUAGAAACUGAUUUCCAUCCAUUAUCAAUCCGUCAAAGUUUGAAUGAAGUUGUUGCUGAAAUUGAACAAAAUGAAUCAUAUGCUCCAUACAUUAAACCAUUGACUAAAGUUAUCAUGACUCGUUUAUUUGAACAAGUUUCUCAAGUUUAUGAAACUGUUAAAUUAGAUUUCUUGAUUCAAUUAGCCACUUUCCAAGGUAAAUUUGAAGUUUCACCAUUAGAAAUUGAAGGUUUCUUGUUGAAUGCUGGUAAGAAUGGUCAAUUAUCAUUUUACAUUGAUCAUGAUGCUGAUGUUAUUACUUUCCGUAGUGAUCCAUUUGAUAAUGCAUUACAUCCAUCAAUUUCAUCAUUACAAACUUCACCAGCUGAAUUGGUUCGUUCACAAUUAUCCACUUUGGCAAACACUUUGUAUUCAUCAGUUAAAUACAUUGAUCCAACUUAUUCUGAAAAACAAAAUGCUAUUCGUGAACGUUUAAUUGCUUCAGCCACUGAAGCUUUAGCUAAAGAACGUGAAGAAAUUGAAAGAUCUCGUGAAAUUUUGGCUAAACGUAAAGAACAAGCUGAAUUGGAAAAGAAGGAACGUGAAGUUGAAGCUGCUAGAUUAAGACAACAAAAGAUUGAAGAAGAAAAAGCUGCUGCUGCUGACCGUGCUAAAGCUGAAGCUGAACGUCGUAUUCAAGAAAAAAUUCAACGUGAACAAGAAGCUGCAAAGAAAUUGGAGAAGGAAAACCUUAUUUCAGAAAUCAACAAGAAGGGUAUUAUUCAAUUGGAUGCUGAUCAAUUAGAAGAUCUUGAUGCUGAUAAAUUACGUGUUAUGCAAGUUGAACAAUUAGAAAAAGAUAAGAAAGAUUUGGAAUCUCGUUUACAAUCAUUAUUCAAAAAAUUGGACCAUACAGAAAGAGCUUAUAGACAAUAUGAAUUACCAUUGUUGGAAAAAGAUGCUUUGGUUCAAAAAGAUGAAGAUUUGAAAAAUUUCGAAGCUUUCAAGGCCAAGAAAUUGGCUGCUGCUAAAAAGGAACAUGAAGAAGCUAUUCAGUUACGUGAUCGUUUAUCCAAGAUUGUUACCGAUUAUAGUAGUUUCAGAAAUGAAAUUGGUUCAGAAGCUGCUGCUAAAAUUGAAGCUUUGAAGAAGGAAAAAGCUGCUGCAUUAGAAGCUGCUAAGAGACAACGUAUUGAAAAGAUCCGUCAAGAACGUUACGAACAAAGAUUGGCUGAAUAUAAAGUUGAAUUAGAAAGACAAGCUCAAGAAGAAGAACGUAUCAAGGCUGAAAAUGCCAAAGCUGAAGCCGAAGAAAAGAAACGUGCCAGCUUACAGAAACUACGUGAAGAACGUGAAUCAACCAACAGAGAAUUGGAUGCUCAAGCAGCUAAGCAAAGAGAAGUUGAAGCUAUGAUUGAAGCUAGAUUGAAAGCACCAGCACCAGCUGCUGAUGGUCCACCAAAACCAAUGACUUAUGCUGAAAAGAUGAGAUUGAGACGUCAACAAAGAGGAAACUGA